AAGUCAAAUUACACAUAGAGAUAGCACAUAAUUUACUUCACAUCAUCUCUCUGAGAGGUUCAAACAUUGAAGUUACCAUAGAAAAUGUCUUUUGUUACCCUUGAUACUCUCUGAAACCAAACUGCCCCUUGGGAUAUGGAUUAAAUUGUGGCUUGUUUGGAGCUUUAUCCAGAGGGCAAGUGAACUAGAAAAGUUGGUUAUUAGGCAGCAACAAUUUUUUAUUUAGUUUUGAAGCUUUUCAGACAGUUUCAAUUGUCUACAUUUUUUCUUUAGUUUUGUCUAUGGCUAAGGUAAAUCCCUUAAUAUGUAAACCCCGAUGUAGGCUUUGUUUUCAAGAAAAAUCGAGGAAACAUCAAUAUUUCAGUUCUGUGUUAUUACGAAAUGCUUUAUUAACAACUGGGAAUAGGAAUUUCCUCUUUUUUGGAAAUCCUGAAAAAAAUGUCUAUAAGUUAAGGAUUUCUUGUAGCCCACAAUUAGAAAAGUAAAUAGGUGGAUUGCACAUAUGAUGAAAUUUAAUUUAGUCAUGAUAAAUCAACAGCAAUUUGAAGAGGAGCAAGAAGAGGAAUUAAGACUUUAUCAGCCAGGGAGCCGAGAGACAGAAGCAGACAAAAUAACUGACCUUAAAUCAUUGCAUCGCAAACUACAAGACAACUUAAUUUUGUUAGUAAGACGCCAAAAGGAUUCAGUGACAUGGGAGAUGCCAUUUGGUGAAGUGACAAACACCAAUGACACUCUUCAACAGGUAGCAUCAAAAAGUUUAAGUGACACUUGUGGCACUGAUCUAAAAGUUCAUUUUCUUAGCAAUGCACCAACUGCUGUGAUGAAAAAGUACAAAAAUAAAAAUGACAAGGUAUUUUUCUACAAAGUGAACUAUGUAACAGGUUGUGUCAGACUACAUGAAGGAUACUUUGAUCACAUCUGGGUGACAAGGAAGGAAAUGAAAGACUUUGUUGAUGCAGAAUAUUUCAAGACAAUAAAACGGUUUAUAUUUUAAAUGUUAGUGCAAAAACAAACCAAGGAUUAGAUUGAUU